UAGCUGUCAACUUGACGUUUCGUAUAUUUACGCCUCCGCAUUUUGAUGAUUUCGAUCUCAUAAGAGCUACUCGUAUAAAUAAAGCAUUUAUUUUGCAAGUAAACAUUAAGAUAUUUUGUAGUUCACCAGUCGUUUUAGUGUUUUCGUAACUAGUUAUGGGUCAGACGCUCUCGGAGCCGGUGACAGAGAAGCAGUCCACAACAUGCCAGGAUUCACGCUACCUCAUUGGCUCAUCAUGCAUGCAGGGCUGGCGCGUGUCUAUGGACGACUCGCACACGCACAUACUGUCGCUGCCGGACGACCCUGGGGUGGCGUUCUUCGCGGUCUACGAUGGACAUGGAGGAGCGAACAUAGCGGAGUAUGCCGGUAAACAUCUUCACAAGUUCAUCACGGCGCGCCCGGAGUACCAUCUGGGGAACAUUGAAGAGGCUAUGAAACAGGGGUUUCUAGACAUGGACCAGGCUAUGUUGGAAGAGGAUAUGCUUCAAGAGAAAGUAGCUGGUAGCACUGCCGUGGUGGUGCUGAUCAAGGACAACACUCUGUACUGCGCCAACGUGGGCGACUCUAGGGCUAUAGCGAGCGUCGGUGGAGCGGUGGAAAUGCUCUCAUACGACCACAAGCCCAACAACGAAGAGGAGCUCCGCCGUAUAACCGCAGGCGGGGGCUGGGUCCAACUCAACAGAGUGAACGGCAAUCUGGCUCUGUCCCGUGCGCUGGGUGACUACGUGUUCAAGCGGAACUAUAGACUGUCACCGAGGGAUCAGAUCGUCACUGCUUAUCCGGACGUCCAAGUCAGACAACUGAACGACGAUUGGGAGUUCAUCGUGAUCGCCUGCGACGGCAUUUGGGAGGUCUUGUCCAAUGAGGAAGUGGUAUCGUUCUGCCGCGUCCGCUUACUAAGCGGGUGGGAGCCGGCCGCCGUCUGCGAGGCGCUCAUGCAGCGCUGCCUCGCGCCCAACUGCGCCACGGGCGGCCUCGGCUGCGACAACAUGACCGUGCUGCUUAUUUGCAUAAAGCCGUUCCCCAGCGCGCACCCACACAUACCGGAAUCCCUACCAGCACCUGAGCAGCUAAGUAGUAAGUUUAUGACUAAAAUGGAAGAUUUACUCUACGUCGAGGACGACGAAGAAGAUUUAAAAUGAAGACGCAACAGUUAGUGUAAAUGUGUACAUAAAUAGAGUAUAGUCAAAGCUUUACGUACGUUUUGUAGGUUCUUGAACACGGAAACACAAAAUUUAUUUAUUUAAAUUUAACCGUAACAUUAGUAAAAAUUCCGAUUAUGUAGCUGUAUUUGAAGACACGUUAAGAUUGCUAAAUAAUAUUUGGUAAAGAAGUCUAAAUAAAACUUUUGCCCCUUUGCAAUGAUUUAUCCAUCUCGGAUAACAUUAUUUGUGGGACUUGAUAUGUAGUCGGAAUGUGUUCGACUGUACAAAUAUUAAAAAUAAAAUUAAAGAAGUUAUAAAGCAGAACUCUUGCAUUUAGAAUAUACGUCUCCAUAUAGAGACAAGUUGAAGGUUUGUACACAGCACGAGAAACAUUUUUAAAGCUAUGCCGGCGAUGCUAUACACAUCUGCAAAAAUUGACACAUUUAGAAUGAAAUAUGAGACUUCGCUGCAAUUUGCACCAAUGAUUUGAUGAUACGUUUACAUGCUUAAAAUAGGGUAGUUGACACAUAUUGAAUUUUAUAACUAAAUCUAGUUAAAUAGAUAGAAAAUGAACAAUUUAUCACAAUAAAUUGGAAUCUUAAAAAAUAUAUGGGAAUAAUAAAAUAAAAACCGGCCAAGUGCGAGUCGGACUCGCGUUCCAAGGGUUCCGUACAUUUACACUAUUUAAACAAUGUUUUUUUUAUGUGAAAUGUCUUUAAAAACCCGUCGGAUCGGAUCUAAAACGAAGUAAAAGUCCGACUCACGCUUGACUGCACAUUUCUAAUAGGUUUUCCGGUAAUCUAUAGGUAAAGAUCUAUUUUGUGUAUUUUUUUUUAAUUUUUUGACCCAGUAGUUUCGGAGAUAAAGGGGGAAUGGUCAUUCUUUGCCUAUUUUCUUGAAUAACUUUUAAACUAAUUAUCUUAAAAUAAUAAAAAAAAAUAUAUUUGAAAUUCUCACAAUGAGCUCUUUCAUUUGAUAUGUAACACGAUAUAGUUUGACAAACUUUUUUUAAAAAAAAUUCUCACGUGUUUAAAAUUAAUUUGUUUACGUUACAUGUCCAUCUUUGGGUCACAAACUUACAUAU